CUCCCAGAGUGCGUAUAAAGUUACAUCAGUUGCAACUGAGUUGAUAAGAAAUCAAAGGUUUGUUAUUAGAGAAGACCAGCGUGUCGGCAAUAUGUUGAGACAAAGAAUACACCACUUUUCCAGACGGAUCUAUUUCUUCCUUCGGGAUUUCUAACUACGCGCAUCUAAAAUAUUUCAUCCCGUCAUAAAAAUGACUGCUAAAUCAGGCAUAAAUCAGGUUGUACUAUUUUUGACCGUUAUCAUGAUUGACCAAAUUUAUGGUGCCGCACGUGCAACCGUUGUGGAGGAAAAUCAAACGCACCACUCAGAAGAAAUAGAUCCGAGUGUCGUCUCAAAUCCUGAAUCAUCGAAUAAAAUCAGAUUUUCAACGGAACAUCACCCUCAGGCUCUCGUCCCACCAAGCACGGAUUUUUCCGAAGUCCGGAACAGCAAAGCCUUCGUUGACAAGACAUUUUUCCUCUACGAAUGGCUUACACACCGACCGAAGCACUGGUAUGUCACAGCACCUCCCGGUUUUGGCAAAACCACCUUAGCAAAAAUGGCUGUCCAAUUCCUGAACGCAUCCUUCGAAAUUGUGAACGGGACAGCAAAGUUCCAUGACAAGCACAAGACAGCCACCUACGAGCUCUUUAAAGGCACGAACAUCUUUGAGAUAAAAGAGUUCUUUGACGAGCACUUCCAGAACUACGCUGUUGUGUAUGUCGACCUAGCUCCUCUGAGCUCUACUACUCAAGCAGUUUUCAGACGAGACGAUGACUUCACCGUACAAGACUUCCAUGGAAACUUCAAGACGGUGAUAAAGGGAAUGAUGAACUUUUAUCCAUCCCUUCUCCACCAUAAGGAGAUGGCAGAGUCUGAGAGAAGAAGUUUUAAGGGGUAUCUGAUGGACGGAAAGGACACGCCAAUGACCCCGGGUAAAUUCUGGCAAAGUGCGUAUUUUUUGAUGCAGCUCCUGAAAAAAUGUCUGAAAUUAAACGUAAUUGUCAUAGUGGACUCCUAUGACGCAUUAUGCAAACCCGCCAUGUUCGGUGACGUCGACCUGGUGCAACGACCAUAUUUAGCCUCGUACUUUAUUAAUUUUAGUAAGAUGUUCAACAAAGAUGGUAUCACAACUGUUCUGUAUUUAGGGUCGUUCAAAACCGUAGAGCUCAUGCUACAGAAACCAUCUGAAGUUUUGAGACCAAGGCAGACGUCACGCAUAAUUAAACACACGGCAUUUUCUAGCGAAGAACGUGUUGCGAAGUUCUUCGGUUUAUCGUCACAGGAGGUUUCGGACGUUUUGGGAAAAUAUUCGAUGCAAGAUCACUUCAAACUGGUGGAUGACCUCUUGAAUGGACACGCAGUGUUAGAAUCGCCUCUGACUUUGUUCAAUACCAGAUCUGUGCUUCUUUACAUUGCAAAUCGCAAUGCUACACUGAAAGCCAUCACAUCACCAUUGACCAACGAGAUUCUAUGGACUUUUAAAAAAAUGUUCGCAAAUCUAUUCGUCGGUAAUGUUGUAAUUGAAAGUAUAUAUAAAAAUAAAACUGAAGUCCUCAUGAGACCUAAUGAGGUGUUCAGUUUUACGAGUUUUACCCAAUUGCAACUUAUAGCAGAUAAUCGUGAGGGGGAUGCAGGUGUUAAAGAGAGCUUCAAAUUAGACAAUGCUUUUUCAUUUAUUAGAAUUUUGCAGUUUUUAGGUCUAAUAUCAGCAAUCAGUGAAACUCGAUUACCUGGCCGACACUCUGUCAAUUUAAGGAUUUCUAGUCAUAUUGACGCUGAGCUCAUGAAUGAAUACUUCUAUGACGGCGGCUACACCCAAAAAUUCUUCAGAUAUAACAAUGUUUACAAAAUGGCAAUGAUCAGGGCCAUAGAAGGUCUCGCACCAACAGACGGAUCGAUCCAAUCUCUGGGCAGAGCUAUCCACGAUAUAUUCAAAGUGAAAGUUCCUGAGGCUGAAUAUCAGUUGAAAUCUUUGAUAUACGUGUUUUCAAGAGAGGUUGCAGCUGCUCACAGUCCAAACUUUAUAAUAGAAGGUAGGAUCACAGCCCCCACGAUAGAACAUUCAAAAUUGAAUGAAAGUCGUGAAUUUAGAAUAAUGGAGAAGAUAGAUAUCGUAUUGAUAAUGAAAAAUAAGGGGAUAGGGAUCAUCAUAACAUCCAAACUUAAUACGAAUGCAUUGUCAGUUUUAAAAGACAUGCAUGAUCGUAGCUUUGUUGAGGUGUUCAACUCUGAUUUGCGCUUUUCAAAUCUCAAAAUAGAAAAUAAGAUGCUGGUUGGAGUCUCUGUUUCACAAGAUAAAUCGGUUGAAAUUGCAGCGGAUGUUUGGCAUAAAAACAUAAAAUCUAGUUUGAAACGUGUCGAAGUACAUCCAGGAAGGCAAAUCCCAUGAUCUGCAUUUCAAACAUUAUCUCAGAUUCUACAAAAUCUGCCAAAAAGACACAUUUGUACUCUCAUUUAUUUAUUUUUUUUUCACACGCGUGUCUUAUACCUGGCGAAGGCCUAAACAAGAUACGUAUGAAAAAAAAUUCUGUAAUAACUGAGACUUCUUCAGUUUCAAAUUUAAUUUUUAUUUUUGUUUUUUUAUCAUAAAUGUAAGAAGAUCCCUGUACUUAUCUUUAUUGAUAAAAUGUAUUAAGUCAUGUUUAUAGAAAAGAAACCUCUGAAAUUGAACGAAACCAAAAACAUGAGAUUAAGUCAGAUAAGAAAUAAAGUGAAGAAAAAUAAAUUUUGAUGACUUGAAUAGCCAAUAAAUUGCACAUUCUAUACAAUA